GGUACGAAACGUUUUGUACAAAAUGUUACCAGGCUUAAAAACAUUGCAUUUUCGCAGGUCGCCGUGUGUAUUUGCCACACUGGUGCAGGAGAUUCGCAGUGAACACUGAUCUCUGCUCGCUGAAGCGGAAGUCUAAAAUGGGGGCGUUUAUAGACGUUCGUGUGGAUAUUUAAAUAAGGGGAGGAUCCCCGCGCAUAGACUCCAGCCUGACAUUAAAAAAUUACCGUAGCGACAUCCACCCAGAAAAGUAAGAUGAACGGAACCGUGCAAGGGGCGCGCCUCUCGGCUGGAAGGUGAAGGAGCGGAUCCAUUUGGGGUUUGCCCGGUACCGCCCCUCCCGACGGGAGGGUGUGGCGUCACGCAAAGGAGCCGUAGCGGUCGGAGGAGCUUCGCCGCAGCCCCGCAGUAGCCAUUCGUGGAAAAAUAGGCCGUCCUUCUGCGGGCUUCAGCCAGCCUCUGACUCCAUACCGUCCGGCCUUUUUUCUCUAACAACUCCUCUCCGAUUUUAUUAAUGCGGGAUGAGCGAUCAAAAGGAGGCGAUGGCGACAGACGGGGGUAACGCAUCUGCUGGCGAUUAUGGCAGUAAAAGUAAAAGUUGUGGAUCGCAGGAGUCGCAGCCGUCCCCUCUGGCGCUGCUGGCCGCCACAUGCAGUAAGAUCGGCGGCGCUCCCGGAGAGGGCGGGUCCGCCGGACAGCACGUCAUCAUCGACCCGAGCCAGGGGCUGUUGCAGUUGCAGAGCCCGGCGCAGCAGCUGGAGCUGGUCCCGGCGCAGUUUGCGGGAAACGGCUGGCAGAUCGUGGCGGCAGCGCCGGCGGCGUCGCGGGAGAGCGCAGCACCGGCGGGGGGCGCCGUGAGCAGCAGCAGCGCGGGCAGUAACGGCGGCGAGGCAGCGGGGGGCAAGAGGGCCAAAGCGGGCGGGGCCGGCCCCUCCCCCGCCCCGCAGCAGCAGUUCCACAUCGUGCAGGUGCAGAACCUGCCCAGUGCUGCGGGCGGGAUCCAGUACCAGGUGAUUCCGCACCUGCAGACUGUGGACGGGCAGCAGAUCCAGCUCGCUCCCGCCAGCUCCACCACGCUGAACGUGCAGGCUGAGCCCAUCCAGCUGCUGCCGGCCGGCGCCCCCCGCGCGGCCCCCGCUCCCGUGCAGCUCCGCUCGGGCGUGUCCUUCCCCCUGCAACUGCAAGCGGUCGCCGGCCCCCAGCCACAGAUGGUGACCACGCUGCCCGUCAACGUGGGCGGAGUCACGCUCACCCUGCCUGUCAUCAGUGGAGUGGCUGCAGGGGGCGGAGCCAUCCAGCUGGUGCAGCCCACUGAGGGCGGAAUCUCCGCUGGGGGCCAGCUGGUGGCCACGCCCAUCUCCACGGCAGCCGGCGCAGAUUCCGCGGCCGUCAGCUCCACCACGGCCCCCAGCGGGGAGUCGCUGGCUGUCACCUCCACCACCCCCGCCGGCGCCGCCAGCACGCCCGAGCCGGAGGCCACGCCCUCGGACAGCGAGCCGCGCGGCUCCACCCAGCCCAACGGGCUGCAGGCAGCCGACCCGGCGGGACAGGUGCAGCAGCUGCAGAUGGUGGGUCAGCCGGUUCUGCAGCAGAUCCAGAUCCACCCGGCUCAGCAGCUGCUCUCCGGACUCCAGCCUCAGACCCUGCAGCCUCUGCAGAACCUGCAGCUGCAGGCCUUUCAGAACCCAGCGCAGGUGCUGAUCCGCGCCCCGACGCUGACACCGGCGGGCCAGAUCAGCUGGCAGACGGUGCAGGUGCAGAACGUGGCGGGCGGUGGCGUCCCGCAGCAGCUGACGCUGGCACCCGUCACCUCCAGCGCUGGGGGCGGCGGCUUUGCCCAGAUCGCCCCACUCGCCCUGGGCGGGACCCCCAUCACCCUGAACCCCGCCCCCAACCUGCAGACGGUCAGCAUCAGCGGGCUCGGGGCAGCGGCGCUGCAGGUGCAGGGUGUGCCCGUCACCAUCACCGGCGUGCCAGGUCACCCACAGGGCGUGGAGGGGGUGAAAGUGCAGCCGGCCCCGGUGACGGUAACCGUGGGAAAUGCGGCGCUGAGCGCGGUCAGUCCUGAGCAGAUGGGCCAGGUGCAGAGUCCCUCCAGCCAAGAGCCACAGCCCAGCAAGAGGCUCCGCCGCGUAGCCUGCUCCUGCCCCAACUGCCGAGACGGAGACAGCAGAAGCAGCGGGGACGCGGGGAAGAAGAAGCAGCACGUGUGUCACAUGGAGGGCUGCGGGAAGGUGUACGGGAAGACGUCCCACCUGCGGGCGCACCUCCGCUGGCACACGGGCGAGAGGCCCUUCGUCUGCAACUGGAUCUUCUGCGGCAAACGCUUCACCAGGAGCGACGAGCUGCAGAGACACCGGCGCACACACACAGGGGAGAAGCGCUUUGAGUGCCCAGAAUGCUCAAAGAGAUUCAUGCGGAGUGACCACCUCUCCAAACACAUCAAAACCCACCAGAACAAGCGGGGAGGCGCCGCCCUGGCCAUCGUCACGACCGAGGACAUGGAGGACAGCAUCGACGAGGUGCUGGGGUCACCCAGGGUCGUCACCGUGGCCUCACUCUCCCAGGACUCCAACCCAGCCACACCCACUGCCACCAGCAACAUGGAGGAGGAGUUCUAGCAGUACCACACACACACUGACAUGUGCACACACACACAUAUACAGACAUACACACAAAC